AUGAUCGGGAACGUAAUUCAUUCUGCAUUUGGGUUUCAAGUCAAUCAAUUUGAAGCAGUAGACGCCAGUCAUGUAUUUUCUGAAAAACUUUAUAGUUCUCCAAAUUCGGCUUAUUCUAACCAAAUUCGGAAACUAGAAAGAAAAAAUGAAUGUCCACAGUGUUCGAAAACAUAUACUUUGAGUAAAAAUAUGAAAGCGCAUAUGAAAUUUGAAUAUAUAAAACUCCAUGUGCAGAGGCAGCUUAUGGUCAAUACUCAGCCUCGUCCCUGCAGCCGUUGUUUUCUGGUAUUUAGGGAUGAAUUGGCUUUGCUCCACCACAAAAAAUAUUGGUGUGCAGAAACCGAAGAAAAGGAUCCACUUAAAUUUUCACAAUCAUUUAAUUUACCAAAACGCGUGUCAAUUGAAGAAAAGUGUUACAAGUGUCCGAAUUGUCCCCGAACGUAUGUGGGUCCUGGACCUCUCAAUCGCCAUAUUACUUAUGAAUGUGGCAAGGAACCGCAAUUUCAGUGUCCUCAUUGUGCUUAUAAAUGUCAUAUCAAGAGCAAUAUGAAGUCUCAUAUUGUUAGAAGACACAGUAAUUCUGUGGCAGAAAGUACCCUAACUGCAUCCCAAUUCUUCUGCAAUUAUGCAUGUGAGAAGUGUUUUAAAUUCUUCCCUGGAUUGGUCGCCCUGAGUGCCCACACUGCGGUCUGCCCUGGACCAUUGGCACUGCCAAAACCCCGAAACGAUUUGUCAUUUACAAGAAGAUACAAGUGUGAAAAUUGUCCAAAGGCUUAUGUGCACUCAAGAAAUCUUCAAAGACACGUGAAAUAUGAAUGUGGAAAAGAGCCUCAGUUUUCGUGUGGACAUUAUCCUAUGUUUGUGCUACCUACACCUACUAAAUCAAAACCAUAUAAAAGAUGUGGGCAUUAUCCUAGGUUUGUGCCAUCUACAUCAUCAAGAGCAAAACCUUCUAAAAGAUGUAGAUAUUGCUACAGAAAUGGAGUUAGGAAGGAGUCGCGUUAUUUGUGUUCUGCAUGUGAUGUUGCACUUUGUUACCGCAGUAAUUUGACUGAAAAAUACUCAUAUGCCAAGAAAAAUUCUAUGAAACUUCCUCAAGAUCCUUUAGACCUCCAAAUCCACACAUUGAAUAACAAUUUACCAAAUACUUAUGCACAUCAUUUUUUAGUUCGAAUUCCAGCCAAGGGUUCAUCAGGAAGAAAAACAACAAAGAUGUGCACAGUUUGUUCUAAGAAUGGAAUUACUAAGAAAACUUUAUAUUGCUGCCCUUUCUGCAAUGUGGCCCUAUGCGCUAUUACCAAAUUGCGCUUAAAAGCACUUUCCAUAACUACAGCCCUUAUACCAAAUGUUCACUUUGCAACAAAUUUUUCCGAAAUGAAAGCGAAUGGAUCGAACACAUCAGUCAACCUUGUUUAUAUAAAAGCCUUCGUAUUAGGAAAACCGCAUCAGAUCUUCUUGUCGCCCAACUACAUAUCUAAUUUUGACCCUUUAGACAGGAGGAGCUUUCAACCAAAAAAUCCAUGUCCCAAAUGUUCAAAAUCAUAUGUUCACGCCCAAGAUUUAAAAAGACAUUUACGAUAUGAAUGUGGAAUGCCACCUCAGUUUCCUCAAGCGACAGGACUUCCAUCAGAAUUUCUACCAGGACAUCAAUUCAACAAUCCAUCAUCUCAAAAGUAUCAAUGCUCAAAAUGUUGGAGUAAUUUUGGUGAUUUUGUCGAAUUUCAAAAUCAUACUCAAUAUGGUUGCCGAUUUUUUUCGGGGCAGGACAGGUCGACGGUCGCAGGUCAACAUGUUUGCCCUGAUUGCGCAUCUAAAUUUUCGCCAGAAUGCUGCAUCGAGUUGCUGGAAGAUAAGGUCCUAAUUGGUACAGGGCACAAAUGGUUAACUAUUAAUAAAGGUGCAGGUCGUAAAAGAUUCCCUGUUUUUAAGGAACCAAAACAAAGACCUGUCGCAUAA